AAUGUACUCGUAUCCAUCUGUUUCUCUCUCUACUUUCCCUCUCUACUUUAUUUCUCUCUCUACGGAUAUCCAAUAAAUUACAGUGUAGUCUCACUCGCCACAUUAAAAAUAGGUAUUUCCCUGUAUUAUAGCUCAAAUUUAGAGCCUCUCCAUUUUCUCUCUCUAAAAAUGUAAUUCCACUGUGAAGUAUUCAAGAAACUUCUCUCUGCUUUUGAAAUCCGUUAUCCUUUCCUCUAUUUUACGGUGACAAAUCUUCUGACCCGAAUGCCAAGCAAAUAAUACGAAAGGUGGUGAUUGCUCUUAGGUUUUGUGAUUGUCAUAAGCUUCACCAUCAUCCAAAUCUAGAGAGAGAAACAGGGAAAAGGAGAAGGCCAAAGGACGAGAGAACCAAUACAGAGAGAAACGCACGCUCUGGGGGUAGAGACCCGAUAGAUCAAUUGGGUUUUUUCCCAAAGAUCAAUUGGGUCUUUUAUGCAUGGACUUGGAUAAUAUAGAGUGCAUCUCCUCAUCAGAUGGGGUCGAUGAAGAUGAGCCCGCUUUCUCCAAGACCCAUGUCCCCUCACCUCCUGCAACAAGUGUACACGAGCUCUUGGAAUGCCCUGUUUGUACCAAUUCUAUGUACCCUCCUAUUCAUCAGUGUAGCAAUGGACACACGCUUUGUUCCACGUGUAAAGCUAGAGUGCACAACCGAUGUCCCACAUGCCGGCAAGAGCUAGGGGACAUCAGGUGCUUGGCUUUAGAGAAGGUGGCCGAGUCUCUGGAGCUCCCUUGCAGGAACUACAUUCAUGGGUGCCCAGGCAUAUUCCCUUAUUACAGCAAGCUCAAGCAUGAGGUACAGUGUAGCUUCAGGCCUUAUACCUGCCCUUAUGCAGGCUCUGAGUGCUCGGUCACGGGGGAUAUACCUACCCUUGUUGCUCAUCUGAGGGAUGACCACAAGGUGGACAUGCACUCUGGUGCAACUUUCAACCAUCGCUAUGUGAAGUCCAAUCCCCGAGAGGUUGAGAAUGCGACAUGGAUGCUCACUGUAUUCCACUGUUAUGGUCAGUACUUCUGUCUACACUUUGAGGCCUUUCUGCUUGGGAUGGCACCUGUGUACAUGGCCUUCCUCCGCUUCAUGGGAGAUGACAAUGAGGCCAGAAACUUCACCUAUAGCCUUGAGGUAGGGGCCAAUGGCCGCAAGCUCAUAUGGGAAGGGGUCCCUCGAAGCAUUCGUGAUAGCCAUCGAAAGGUUCGAGAUAGCCAUGAUGGCCUCAUAAUCCAAAGAAACAUGGCUCUGUUCUUUUCAGGAGGUGAUCGUAAAGAGCUCAAGCUAAGGGUCACAGGUCGGAUUUGGAAGGAACAACAAAAUACAGACCCUGGUGCAUGCAUACCCAACUUGUGUAGCUGAACCAUGCAAUCUCACUUAGCCUCCCAUAAAAAGGAAAACUCAAGAAAGAAAUCGGGCAAAGGUUUGAUGUGUCUGUGUGCCUGUAAGUUAGAUUUGUUGAUGACUCUUUUGUUGGGUUUGUAGAUUUGGGUGGGUUAUUUGAAGUGAAUGUACUUGGGUUUAUGUCUUACACUGGUGGGUUAGUAAUCUCUCUCAUAGUCUCUUGGUUUUCUUUUAUAGGAAAAAUAAAAGUGUGUUAUUCGGGGCGCGAUUGUUUGUAAGAGUAAUGGGUUUGAACAGGAAGAAGUUUCUUGUAUCAGAGGCUGUACGUUUGUGAUGUAUGGUUUAAUUUAAAGCGAUUUGCAUGUACUUUACCUG